AUGGAAACAUUCAAAUUCAUCGUUCUGUUCGUGUGCAUUGGUGUCGCCACUACAGUCGAUAUCUUUGUGAAAGAUCGGUUCAGAGGCAGUGCGUUGAUGACGUCAUACAGUAAUCAGGAAACGAUCACGGCAAAGAACGAGCAAGAAUUAAGAGAAAAAUUAAGCGAAACGCUUGAAAAGGCGUUACUGGAUAAGCAAAUCGAAGAGGUUACCAUAGAAACCGAUAUUUACCAUGUUAACGAAGUUCAUUCAACCCAAGUCACCAAGUUUAACGUCACAACUGCGGAUGGACUGGAUGACACGACUAUCGUCACCACCACAAAAAGUGAUGACAUCACUAAAGCCGUUACGUCAUCUGCAGUAAGGAGUAGCAGCCGCACCAGGAAAGCUGAUGACGUCACAACGUCGAAAGUGAUCGAAAACGUGUUCACAACUCGAUCAGUCACUUCUGUUGCUUCCACACACCAAGUACCGACCAUGACUGCGACCACAGAAGUUUCCAGUACUGCUGCUCCUAAGGGUUUGGAAUACGAUGGCAAGUGGUUUAUUCCCCUCACUCCGUUAAUAGGGACGGCGAGAAGUAACAGAUCCGAAGCAGAAUCGAGAUGCCAGGAGAUUGACGGUAAAUUGGCGAAUAUUUAUAACAACGAUCACAUGAAAAUGAUAAUGAAGUUUAUACGGCAGAAUAUGGGAACUAAAAAAAAAUCUUUUCAUCUUGGAAUGGCCUAUAACUUCGAGAAAGAAAGUGUUUUUUUCCGUAAUGGAACUUCAGUGUCCCAGACUCACUACAAAUGGAGAAAAAGCUUUCCAAGAAACAACGGCGGACAACUACUCUACCUGCGCGGUGUAGGGAAUUUACCAACUGUUACACAAGUGGUAAGAGUGUGGCAAGUUCGGGACACCGACCGUAUUUUUGAGACAUCCCUACUCUCAUACCCGAUAAGUGCCGCUGCUUGA